AUGGCUCGCACGAAGCGCACUGUGUGCCCUUCGACGGAGACUCCCCGAAAGAGGAUGGCCUCGGAUCUGCAAGAGCUUUCAGUCCAUGUCCGCUUCGCAGCCUCCGGUGAGACCCUGGUAACCUUGCCCUUACGGCCGCAGAUGGCGGUCUCCAAAGUGCGGGAGAGGGUCAACCGAUCGCUUUCCCUUGGGCUCGUCGUUACGUCUUUGCUCCAAGGUGCCGGCAUCCUAUCGGAGUCGGCGCGGCUGGGGGAGUUGGCCUCGGAAGGCAGCGAGGUCAAUUUAGAUGCAGUGGUCACGCUGGAGACGGCUCUGUGCAUGGUCCGUCCCUGUGCUGCUGGUGACUUGGUGGACAUCGUCAGGGAAGAGGAUCGCCACAGGCGCCACUGCGACAUGUCCAGGGCCCCUUCAGCCGCCAAGGCCGUGGCAGAAUCCCUGAUGGCAGCGGCGCCAGACCUGGAAAGCAUUCAGAUGAUCGGUGGCAGCAACGAGAGCGGACAUGGAGGGCAGGUCAUCGUCAUCGCGAACCCGGGAAGCGAUGCUCUCUCGGCAUGCCAGAAGGCAUUAGCCCUAGAUGAUGAAGAUCUCGAGCAGGAGGAGGAGUGGAUUCCCGGUCGACGCUACGCCCAGGCAAUGCCCGGAAGACUGCUGCACCUGCGCUUCCAGGAGCGGUUGGAGCUGGGAUUUAACAGGGACGACUCUGAGGAAGCCGGGGAAGAGGAUCGAGUCGAGUCCCAGCUGCAGGCAGCCACCCAAAUCAUGUGCGACAAGCUCUCAGGUCAUUUCAAGUUUGACUUGGGCAGAGGCCGGAGCGGGCCGGUGAUCUUCAGUGGCUUCUGCGAGGAUGGAAGCAUCGUCGGCGUCUUGACGAGCUGCGUUUACACAUGA